UGAGCUUCAGGAACAAAAACAGUGUUAGAAACCCUGCAGCCCAAGAACGUUAUCACAGAUCAACAUUUGGCGUUCCUUUGAGUUAUAAGAAGGAUGGCGGAAAACAGAGAAAAGGCUACGGAUCAAAUGAAAAUAUGGAAAGAAAGAAAAGGAUCUCAGAAACCGGAUCUGUUGACCACCGGAGCAGGUAUUCCCAUUGGCGAUAAGCUAAAUGUUCAGACGGCUGGACCCCGAGGGCCACUGCUGGUGCAGGAUGUUGUUUUCACUGACGAGAUGGCCCACUUUGACCGCGAGCGCAUCCCUGAACGGGUGGUGCAUGCUAAAGGAGCAGGUGCAUUUGGCUAUUUUGAGGUGACUCAUGACAUUACACGCUACUGCAAAGCCAAGGUGUUUGAAUAUGUUGGCAAGACGACUCCGGUCGCUGUGAGAUUCUCUACUGUUGCUGGUGAGUCUGGUUCAGCUGAUACAGUCCGGGACCCUAGAGGUUUUGCAGUGAAGUUCUACACCGAUGAGGGAAACUGGGACUUGACAGGCAAUAACACACCUAUCUUCUUUAUCAGGGAUGCUCUUCUGUUCCCGUCCUUCAUCCACUCUCAGAAGCGGAAUCCUCAGACUCACCUAAAGGACCCUGACAUGGUGUGGGACUUUUGGAGCCUGCGUCCAGAGUCACUGCAUCAGGUGUCGUUCCUCUUCAGUGAUCGUGGAUUGCCUGACGGAUAUCGCCACAUGAAUGGCUACGGAUCCCACACCUUCAAGCUGAUAAACUCUGAAGGCAACCCUGUCUACUGCAAAUUCCACUACAAGACUGAUCAAGGCAUUAAGAAUCUGACCGUAGAGGAGGCAGACCGUUUAGCCGCUACUGAUCCUGACUACGCCAUCCGUGACCUGUACAACGCCAUCGCCAAUGGCAACUUCCCCUCCUGGACCUUCUACAUCCAGGUCAUGACCUUUGAGCAGGCAGAGAAAUACCCAUGGAACCCAUUUGAUCUGACCAAGGUUUGGUCCCAUAAUGACUACCCCCUGAUUCCAGUCGGACGCUUCGUGUUGAAUAAAAACCCUGUUAACUAUUUUGCUGAGGUGGAACAACUUGCAUUUGACCCCAGUAACAUGCCGCCAGGUAUUGAGCCAAGUCCGGACAAGAUGCUACAGGGUCGUCUCUUCUCUUACCCCGACACCCACCGCCAUCGGCUUGGAGCCAAUUACCUCCAGCUGCCUGUUAACUGCCCUUAUCGUGCCCGUGUGGCCAACUACCAGAGAGAUGGACCCAUGUGCUUUACUGACAACCAUGCGGGAACCCCAAACUACUACCCCAACAGCUUCAGUGCCCCAGAUUGUCAGCCAUGCUUUAUGGAGUCCAAGUUUAUUACCUCUCCUGAUGUCGGACGCUACAACAGCUCGGACGAGGAUAACGUGACUCAGGUUUGCACUUUCUUCACCAAGGUCCUGAACGAGGCAGAACGUGAGCGUUUGUGCCAAAACAUGGCAGGGCAUCUGAAAGGAGCUCAGCUCUUCAUUCAGAAACGCAUGGUCAAGAAUCUGAUGGAGGUGCACCAGGAUUACGGCUCUCGUGUUCAGGCGCUGCUCGACGAGUACAACGCAGAGGGCAAAAAGAACUCCGUCCAUGUGUAUACACAAGGAGGUUCGUCUUCUGUCACUUCAAAGAUAUGACGUGUGGAAAUUCUCUCUUGUUGCAUUUAAAAUUGUGCCUCUCACCUAACCAGAGCACUUGAUCUUUCUUAUAUCAUUUAAGCUUCAAGACUAAGUAUUACUAGUGUAGCUGGAUAGUUAUGAGCUCUUUGUUGAGAAGAUUAAAAAACAAAAAACAAACAAAAAAAAAAACCACUAACCAUGCACUAAUCAUAGUUCAGCAGUCCGAUGUCUUUUGAUACAAGUCUUUUGGUACACCAGAAAAAAAAUCGUCUCCGAGACGUGAGACAACUCGUGAACAUUUUUCCAGUGUCCAGCUUCAGUAUCUUAUUUUAGCUCAGAUCAUGCAAACUUUGGUGUAAGUCCCAUUUCUCAAGUGGUGUUUCUGUUAUAUACAAAUAUAAUUAAAUAAAUUCUUUUAUUUUUCUCUCCUGGGUCUUUCUGCAAGUACAGAUUCCGUUAAAAAAAAAGUUCCUCAGUUUAUUUCCAGGUUAUCAGGAUAAACCUUUUUUUUUUUUAUCAGUGUUUCUAGUCAAAGUGAUCGUUCUUGUGUUAUUUCUAGUAUGUUCUGGUAAACGAUCCUCAGUUCCAGCAACAAAAUCCAUUAAUUACUUGUGUACUUUGUGAUCACUGCACAAAAAUUCAGGGUUUAUUGUUUUGAAAGAUUUUGUUCUACUUAUUAUGUCCCGUUACAUACAUCUACACUGCUUGUGAGGUUGAUGUGGCUAAUCCUUUGGUCCGGUGGUUUCAUUGUUUAUCUGCUUUGCUGUUGCGGCACGGCCGUUACCGUUUAGCGUUUAAGUUAAAAACACUUUUAUCUAAACAUCGUGUGAAUGACCAUUCUGUAAUGACGAGCUUGAUUUUUAUUUUUAUUUUUCAUGUCCUCAGUAACUAGACACACCCUAGAAGUGUAUCUUCUGUAAUAUUACCAUGUUAUAUCACUGGAAUUGUGUUACAACAAUGUACAACAUGCACUAAGGGUGUAUCUAUCUGAUGCUGACAUUAACUAGAUAUUUUAACAGCUAAGACAUUGGAUUUAUUGAUAAAGCAACUAGAGUUUCAGAGUUUAAAAACAGAAUUAAGAUCAGAACAGUGUGAUUGUGCUUUAAAAAAAUGUGAAGAAAAACACUGAACCGUUUUGAUUGCCCUGUAUUCUAUUAUCUCAGAGUCUUUCUCUUGCUAAUGCCUGUAGAAGUUAUGCUGUGUGUCUUCUGUAACGGAAUAAAUCAAUAAAUCCUAAUUUGCUAUGCAAUAAA